GCCACGAGUAGUUUUAGGAAGUUGGGAGGGCAGAAUUGACCAUUCACUGUUACUAAGGAACAGUAGUUUGCACUUCCCACUUUUUAAUGGGUAAUGGAUAAUGGAUACAAACCCUCCUACAAACCCUAAGCCCUCCAUUUUCUUUCCUCUGCUACCUCUACAACAAACACCAUGGGAGGCCAAACUCGAAACAAACAACAAAAGCAAGAACCCAACACUAUCGCCACUAGUCCCACCACUAGUACCACCACUACUACUACCACUCCCGUUUCGGCGGGCGAUAACCAAAGUUCCACCACCUCUCAUUCACAUCCUACUAUAGGAUCAUCAGUGAUCCCAAUCAUCAACAAACUACAAGACAUUCUUUCGCCACUCGGCUCCGAUGAACUCUCCAAAAUCCCACUCCCACAUGUCGCAGUAGUCGGUAGUCAGAGCAGUGGUAAGUCCAGUGUACUGGAAGCUCUCGUUGGUCGUGACUUUCUUCCACGUGGUUGUGAAAUAUGCACUCGUUGCCCUCUUAUUCUCCAGCUUGAACGACGGCCUACUGCUAAAUCGAGUGAUGAACACGGUGGUGUUGUUGUUGAUGAUGAUAGAGAGUGGGGGGAGUUUCUUCAUUUGCCUCAUUCUAGGUUUUAUGAUUUCUCAAGUAUACGUAAAGAAAUUCAGACUGAGACUGAGCGAGAAGCAGGAAAAAAUAAAGGAGUUUCAGAAAAGCCUAUAAGAUUAAAGAUUUCAUCACCAAAUGUUCUCAACAUUACAUUAAUCGAUCUACCUGGGAUUACUAAAGUUCCUGUAGGAGAUCAACCUACUGAUAUAGAAGCUAGGAUACGAAAGAUGAUUAUGGACCAUAUCAGGCAAGAAAAUUGUAUCAUUUUAGCAGUUAGUCCUGCAAAUUCUGAUUUGGCAACUUCUGAUGCCCUUCAAAUGGCUAAGGAAGCUGAUCCAAAGGGUAACCGGACAAUUGGAGUCAUCACUAAGCUAGAUAUCAUGGAUAAAGGUACUAAUGCUUGCAACUUCCUUCUUGGAAAAGUGAUCCCUCUCCACCUAGGUUACAUUGGCGUGGUUAAUAGAUCUCAAGCGGACAUUAACAAGAAUAAAAGCAUUGGUGAAGCACUUAGCUUUGAGGAACAAUUCUUCCACGAUCAUCCUGAGUAUCAUAACAUUCAAGAUCGUUGUGGAAUUCCUCAACUAGCCAAGAAACUAAACGAGAUUCUUGAGCAGCAUAUAAGGGAAACUCUCCCAGCCUUGAAGUCCCAACUUAAUUCGUAUUUUCAAGCCAUUGAAGAAGAAAUGAGGACAUAUGGAGAUGCCAUGGAAUCCAAAGAAAAAAAGGGAGCAAUUAUCUUGGACAUGUUACGAAGCUAUAAUGAGGCUUUUUGUUCAUUGAUUGAUGGAAAGAAUUGUGAGAUGUCAACAGAGGAGUUGACUGGAGGAGCUAGAAUUCGCUACAUUUUUCAGUCGAUUUUUGUUAAAGCCUUAGAGGAAGUUGAUCCUUGUGAAGAUCUCUCUGAUGAUGAUAUUAGGAUCGCAAUUGAGAAUUCCAUGGGUCCUAGAAAUAAAUUAUUUGUUCCAGAGGUUCCUUUUGAAGUUUUGAUAAGAAGACAAAUUGAAAGGCUGCUAUAUCCUAGUCUCCAGUGUCUGCAAUUUGCAUGCAGCGAGUUGGUGAAGAUGAGCCGUUCUUGUGAAUCAAGGGAGUUACAAAGAUUUCCGGGUUUGAGAAAGCAUUUGGAUGCAGUAAUACUAAAUUUUCUCUAUGAUGCUAAGAAACCUGUAGCAAACAGGAUCAAGGAUACCAUUGCCAUGGAGGCAGAUGACAUAAACACUUCUCACCCUGAUUUUGUGGGUGGACAUAGAGCAAUAAAGCUUGCUAAACAGCGUAUCCAUUCUCCUAAGGGUGUCGUUGAUGUUGACCAGUUGCCAUCACCUGAUCGUAAGGGUCAGAAGUAUCAAGCUUGGUUCUCAACCAACCUGGGCGGCCAACAUUUAGCAGAGGAUGACAGAUCCACAUCAGCUGCAAAGCUGUGGGGUAUGCCUAUCAAAUUCUGGAGCCGUUCAUCAUCUAAUGGAGCCCCUGUAGGAAUGUAUGCCGGAGAGACAUCUAAUCAUAUGUUUCAAACAUCAUCACUGAUUCAGCUAAAAGAGCCUUCCGCAACCAUAAGACCCACGGAGGCACCUACAGAAGAUGAACAAACACAAGUGCUAGUAACCAAAACACUAUUGAAAUCUUACUUUGACAUAGUCAGGAAAAAAGUUGAAGAUGAUGUUCCCAAAGCUAUAAUGCACUUCGUGGUCCAUCAUCUAAAAAGAGGACUUCACUCCACUUUUAUUCAGGCAAUUUACAGGGAGGAACUUUUUGAAGAGUUAUUGCAGGAGAACUCUGAGUUUAUGGAGAAACGAGAGCGUACCAGUGAGAUGUACAGGGUGUUGCAAAAGGCUGUUCAAACACUAGAUGAAUUUGAGUCCAACAUUCCUGCCUCAAACCCAGCUAGCUAUCGGAGCCAACCACAACAGACCAGCAGCAACAAGCUUUCAGCCCCCCCUCAAGAUGGACUGGCAGAAGCUUGAGUAACCAGACCAAUCUUGGCAGAAAGGAAAUGAUGUUGAUCAGCAGCCAAAGGCUUUGUCAUGAUGUCUGCAAGUUGGAGAGAAGAUUGAACAUGGCUUAAUGAAAGAAACUUGGAAUCCACAUGUUCUCUAAUAUAAUGACAAUCCAAUUUAAGGUGCUUAGUUCUUUCCUGAAAAACUGUGUUUUCUGCAAUGUAUUGAGCAGAUUUGUUGUCACAGAACAAUGUAAUAGGAGUAGGAACAUGCACUAAUAAGUCUUGAAGCAACCCUUCAAUCCAUACAAUUUCACUGGUUGUCUGACUCA